AACUCAGGAUGAAGCCAAAUAAUGAUAAACUUAGUUAGUGCCUGAUUGAAUCCAGGUAGAAAGUGGCACAUUGGGUCGUAACAUGGUCCAUUGAUUCGGAUGAUACCCGCCUACACUGAGAUGUGGACCAAUGAGUGGCUCUUAAAGUACCUCUGUGAGACCUUUAUUGAAACUUUUAUUUUGGCUGGCACGCCACGCAGCCUAUUUGUCAGCUUAUCAGUUCGUGAGAGAAGCCGGGUUGAAUUUUAACUGAACAUUUUAUUUGUGUUUUUGAUUAAUUCAAAUAUGGACCGACCCAGCCUUCGGAGGUUAUUUUCUGCUUGUGAUGUUAACAAGUCCGGUAAAAUAGAGUACGAGGACUUCACCGUUGUCUGCAGGGAGCUCAACGUCUCCGAAACUGAGAUCAAAACUCUGUUCAACAAGUUCGACGCAGACGAAGGCGGAUAUAUCGACUACAGCAUGUUUUCGUCCAGGUUUCAGGAGGUUUCAGAGACUCUGGACUUGGCGUCUUUUGGUGCUGGUUCGUCCCAAACCCAAGGUUGUCCGUGGGAAGAGUUUGUAGGCAGGAUAGAUGCGGAGUCACUCCUCUCUGAAAGUCUCAGGGAGCAGCUGGCUGAUCUUUACCAGGCCAUGAACUCCUCUGCAAACACAACUCUGCUGCAGCAGUAUGAGGAAAUCAUCCACUCUCUGAUCAGUCAAAGCCUGGACAACCGACUAGAGUGUGAACAGCUGGAGACCAGUUUAAAGAGAGCUGAGGAGAUGAACAACAGUCAGCUGGCAGAACUGGAGGACGACAUACAGCAGCAGCUUGCCAGAACAGAGGAGAGGGUGAGAGACGAGGAGCGUAAGAAAAUGGAAGGAGUUAUAGCGACCAUGCAGAGGAAGCACGAUAACAAGGUCGCAGACCUGCAUGCAACUGUGGACAGACUGUUAAAGAGCCAAGAGGACUCUGAAUUAAACCAUUCAAAAGAGGAGGUGGUCAGACUGAACAGACAGAUCAGUGCUUUCUCACAGGAAAAUGAGGACCUGCGAGCCUCUCUGCUGCAAGCCCAGACAAACAUCGCCAUCCUGCACUCCGAGCUGGACAAGCUGAAGAACAUGUACGCAGACCAGAAAGCUCAACAUGAAAGAGAAACGGAUGAAUUGAAGAGGAUGGUUAUGGAAUACCAAUCAUAUUCCAAUCAGAUUCAGAUUCUCCAGGAAACGAACAAAGAGCUGUAUGACAGCAAUGACGGGCUGCGCUCUGCGUUGGCCAGUGAAGUGGUUGCAGCUAAAAGGAGGCUGUCUCCCCAAAAUGAAAUCCCAGCCCGAAGGAUGAAGCCCCUCCGACAGAGCACACUCAACCACAGCAGCUCUGAGCCGGAUCCCAGCAAAACGACCUUUUCUCAUGUGGCCAGCUGGGCUGAUAGGUACCUGGACAGUGGAGUGUCGCUGCCGAUGGACACAGCGGAGAGCUCAGCCAGUGAUUACGACAGCGACGACAGUAGGGGCUCGGUGGAGACGGUGCACCAUAGUUACUCGUAUGUCCCGUCUGAUGUGGAGAUAUCAGAAAUGAAAUCUGAAGCUACAGUAACGACGGCUCCUAGCAAGGCAAGCUCUAUUGCAUCAUCCCUACGAAGACGUUUGUCUGCAUUUUCCUCAAAGCCUUUAGAAGCAGACAUAGAAGAAACUGAGGAACCUGCUCCGAUGUACCGUCUGGUUUUAGCUGGAGAUGCAGGAGCUGGAAAGUCUAGCUUCCUUCUGAGACUGACGCUCAACGACUUCAGAGGAGAUAUUCAGACAACGCUGGGAGUUGAUUUCCAAAUGAAGAGGAUGCUUGUGGAUGGAGAGAAGACGAGCCUGCAGAUAUGGGACACAGCCGGACAGGAGAGGUUUCGUAGUAUCGCUAGGUCCUAUUUCCGCAAAGCUCACGGAGUCUUGCUCCUCUACGAUGUUACUUCAGAAAGCAGCUUCCUUAACGUCCGAGCGUGGGUGGAUCAGAUUCAGGAUUCAACGGACGAGAAAAUCCCCAUGUGUGUUAUUGGAAACAAGGUGGACCUCCGAGAGCAGCUUCCAGAGGGGAGCUGUGUGAGCAGUUUGCACGGAGAGAAGUUGGCCAAGGCAUACGGCGCCUUGUUCUGCGAAACGAGUGCCAAAGAGGGAACCAACGUUGUGGAGACUGUGCUUCAUCUAGCGAGAGAAGUAAAGAAAAAUGUCAAACUGAGGCGGCAGUCGAAUUCUCAGGUCAGACUGAGUCAAUCCAACCCAAAGAAGACUCUCAACGCCUGCUGUGGACUGUAGAUGGUUGAUAUCAGUAGAUACGAUGGAGCAAUGAAGGACUAUUUUGUGAUGGAGAAUAUAAUUCUCUUACAUGUUUUUAACCUUUGAAAUAUUUAAAGCUUAACUUUUUGAUAUUAAUGAACGUCCGUUACAUUCAAGCCAUUGCCAAAUGAGUUGCUACAAAGUUAAUUAAGACUAUCAGCUC